AUGGUCCUUGACGACCUCAUGGAGAACAUAGCACAAGAAGAGAAGCGGAUAGGUCGACGGGCACAAAAUGACCACUCGCCACUGAAGCCAUGUGACUACUUUGAUCUUAUUUACUCCAAACUUGCGGAGCAGAUCUUCAAGCAUGACCGCUCUUUCAAAGCCUUUGGCAUGAAGAUUCCAACGGGUGCCACUCGAUUCUCAGGAACGGUACUCGCCAACGCCAUCAAAUCGGCACUGAAAGAACUAGGCUUCGACGAAAAUGAACUCAUGUGGGACGAGGCAUUAUUUGAAGAGGUCGACGAAGCAAGUGAACUGCCAAGAGAUAGCAUUUGGGCGGAUGCAGAUGCCGACUCAGAAGCACCACUUACCGACAGUCCCGUUGCUUCAACGAAAGCCAUGGACAUAGUCAUCAAUCCUCCCGCGAAUAAUCAACAACCACCCGGAACUGCAACGCAGACUCAGAACACACUGUACGGUAGCUCGCCCUUCUCGCCACAGCCUCCAGAAAGGACGGACACCUGGAAACUACACCGGAAGCAAUCAGUGCACAGAAAAGUCAACGCUAAAGGAUGUCGUGGCUUCGUCCUUACAUCACUCAAGAAUGCUUUGGGUCUGCCACGGAUCCUAUCUACAUACGACCCCAACGACCGCACUACUCGCAUAUGGGAAGCCCUCCGCGCCACAAGUGCUGCCCCAACCUUCUUCGAAGAAAUGCAAUUCGGGACUCCGAAAGUAACCUACCUCGAUGGCGGUGUAGGCUUCAACAACCCCUGCGCCGAAGUUGAUUACGCUGCAAAAGCCCUCUGGGAAGGCCGCUCAAUCGGCGUCGUCGUCUCCGUCGGCACCGGCCUGCAGUCCAUCCCCAGCGUCAAGAAAAUCGCCUCCUGGCUCCCCUUCGGUCUCGGGACGGAUAUUUCCCUCGCCUCUGCGCUCGCUGGCAUGGCUACGAGCACCGCGCGUGUCGACAACGAGCUCAAACGCAUGUACUACAACUCCGACACGAAAUACUACCGCUUCGAUGUCGAUCGCGGACUUGCCAAUAUUUCGCUUGAGCAGUGGAUGAAGGAAGACGAAAUGGCCGCCCUCACAGAGCAAUACAUGCGCGACGCCCGCCAGAUAAGGAGUGCGAAGCACUUUGGCGAAAUCAUGGCGAAGCUCUCCGCCCUCCCUCCCCGCUUCUCCAUCGCCGCCACGAAAUUUCGCCUCGGCAUGACGGGGCGCGGCCUGAUGGACCAAUCCUUCCAUCUCGUGCAGCUCGACUUCAAAACGGGCAUGCCGCUGGGCGUCACUUCGGGCCCCGAUCGCAUGUCCACGUCUCCGAGCGGCGACCACGGCCUCGCCCUCUCCUCCUCUGGCACCCUCAAGGAAAUCUACCCCGUCGCCGAAGACCUGGACCACGACGGGCGCCGCGAAGAAGCAGCCGUGUACCAAUGCCUUUCUGCGGAGAAUGUCUGCCUGCGCACGAUGAAGACCGGCAUUCCACAAGGCCGCUAUAAAGUCCAAUUCAUCGUCUCGUUUCACGACACUUCCCCAACGCACAUCGCGCCGCACGACCUCGUGUUCAGCGUCGGCAAGCCGCUCGACCCAAACACAUUCAUUACGAGAUUUGUGGAUGUCAAGAUCACGCCGGAUGUUGUGCCGGUGUUGAUGCAUCCGGAUGCGGUCAGGGUGCGGGUGGGCAGGAAGAGGUAUGAGGAGUAUAGAGGCAAGGGGUGGGUGGAGAUUGAGGGGGAUGUGGAAGUUUGUGUGGGGUUAGAUGGGGCGUUGGGGUUUAUUGUGAGUAAGAAGUUUAGGAAGGGGGAGGUUGUGGAUGGGUGGAGUUUUGGGGGCGUUAGGUUGGAGCCGAUUUUUGGGGCGCGAUGA